AGUGUAAAGUUUGUGGUGCGGCGUGAAGGAAUUUGAAAGGUCGUUGUAUUGUGCGAAAUCAUGACAACCAACAAGCACGGUUUAUUACAUGAUAGGGUGCUUCUGUGUGCCCCUCUUUGCACAACUCUCAAGUUACCAAAAAGCUGGUUGUGCGCUAGAUAUUAGACCUAUUGUCUCUACUAUAAUAAUUAGACUUCUGACCACGACUAGAAGUCUCAAGCAGUCACCAGUUUCUAAUUAGACACAUCCAUGACACUUGUCCCCCCGCUUUAUUUCACUAGAAUAGCGUAGAACUUCCUUCUACUUUCCUCUCACUCUUUUUGCUAGAUGAUAAUGCAUAAUUACUUGCUUAAAUGCGGGCAGGCUAGUACUUACCCAUGUCAAGAACGAAUAUGAAAUGAAGAUGAAGAACUAAGACAAGUAGAAGUAGCUGGUAUGAAUGCAAGGAAGAUGGGGCGCGCGGCUGACUAGGGAGACACACUCGAGCGCCUGCAGCCAAGCGCUGCGCUUAGCUGCCGUGACCCCACACACAAGGAGCCUUGAACGCACGACAAAAACGGAAAAUUCUUCUACUAAUGAACUACUUCGGCGACGGCGACACUAACCACGGAAAGGGUAGCAACAACGUAGUAGCACCACAAAAGUAGUCGGACGAACAUUGCGAACAUUACCGCACGACCGGCAGCUUUCGGUAGUACUGCUGCUCCUGCGAAGAAGUUUCAGUACUCGAAUAGCUAGUCGGACAACUACUAUUCUCGUUGUGACAAUUCCCGAAGAACCACAAAUCACAAGUCUGAACGAGCACCAGCCCUACUAGACUAGAACGUAGUAGAGAGUAGUUUGGCUUCUUUGUCUUUUCGUCCUAUACCAGUACGACAGAAGGCUACGACACAAGAUGAAGCUGAUUCAAACCGUAAAGCGGCGGAUGGGGAAUGAGGAUGGGAAGAGGGUCCCAGUUAGUAGAAAAGAGGCUGCAGGGAAGCCAGCCUCAUCAGCAAAAAGUGGGACUGCUAGACCACAAGCAGGUAAUUACAAUUUGUACAGGGCAGCAGCUUUUUCACUUUCGAAGAUUUUAGUAUUCAAUCGACUUCGCUUCCUUUGACUUUUUUCGAGACACCACAAAACAUGUGCCCAAGUCCAUUAUCGAAACGUGAUCAAUAAACCUAAACCUAGUCUUCAUCGUCUGAAUAAUUAAGCAUGAUAUUUUUUAUAUCACCUUCAUCAACUACAUGCUGACCAUCAGAUCCCUCAGUCUUCGGGUCUAUGCCAACUUUGCGGGAGACUGCGGUUAGCGAGAGGGCAGAACUCUUUAGAAGAAAGCUAGCAGCCUGUAGCGCAGUCUUUGACUUUCACAGCGACGUGAACCCAAAGGAGAAGGAAGCAAAAAGACAGGCGUUAUUGGAGAUUGUUGAGUACUACCAGACCUAACGAGUUGUCUGAUCAUUGGAGGAAUAUUCAACCCUGUCUCGUCACUUACGCCCAUUUCCCAAUCUACACCAACAAUAGCCUACGGAUACAUCAUCAGCACUUCCAACAACACACAAAUCUUAGAUACAUCAACAACACUCGAAACUGCUUUACGGAGAGUAUAAUGGAGGAUGUGGUGAAUAUGGUAGCGGCUAAUAUCUUUCGGUCACUGCCGGCCAAUAAUAGGACAAUAAUGCGAAUCUACGACCCAGAGGAUGACGAACCCCAAUUGGACAGUGCGUGGCCACAUUUGCAGAUCGUACUUUUUUCAUCUGCGGAGAAUUUGCAUUUGCUAAAGUAGCUACGAGUUUCUUGGCAUCUGUGAGUUACACAACGUAGAUUGUGGUCAGCGCAGAAUUCAUCGUGAUAAUUUCGCACUUGACAACAACAGUUUGUUUUAGAAAAACAAUAUUACCUCUUCUAGACAAGAGUUUUUAGAAAAACAAUGUUACCUCUUCUAGAAAAUGAUCAGAUUCAGAUACCUCUGGACACAGGUUUACGAGUUUUUUUUGCGAUUUGUGGUGAGCAAUGACGUAGACCCGAAAAUUGCGAAGAGGUUUGUAGACGCCAAUUUCGUUCUGAAACUGUUGGAGCUCUUCGAUAGUGAGGACUGCCGAGAACGAGAUUAUUUGAAGACGAUCCUGCAUCGAGUGUACAACUCUUUCUACUUUUGAAUCAAUUUUAUGUUCGGCUGAUUUCUGUCGUUGUGCCUUAGCAUUUUUCAUCAUCGGAAGGCAACGUUUGUCACGCUACUCGGAGCACAGUAGAUAACUUUAAUCUAUAAUAUGUCUUGAGCAGUACCAUGAACAAUACAAUUUAUAAGGAAGACUCUGCAGCUCACAUUCUCCUUCAACCAAUUCUCCUCUUCGAAUAACAACAGAUACGGGAAGUUUAUGGCGCUCCGGUCAUUUAUAAGGCGGGCGAUUCAGCACGUCUUCUUCAAAGUCAUCUACGAAAGCGAGAUGCACAAUGGUAAAAAUUUGUACUUUUUAUAAUGGUCGAUGCAGCCUCUAUGGUUUUCCCGACAAGACUCUUCAAGUGGAAUCACAACGACGAAGUGAGAGCCUUGUUCUUCAUAUUCUCAUGAGAGCUGCUGUAGUUACAAUGAUUGGUAUGUCGGAGACUAUGAGAAUACAGUCGUGAUCAUGACAAACAUAAACAAUUCACUUCUUCACUAUGAUAUCGUGAUCAUGACAAACAUAAACAAUACCCUUCUAUUUGUCAAGAAUACUCUCCAGAUUGUCAAGAAUACCCUUCACAAUACCCUCCUUCACUCUUUGUCAACAAUACCCUUCUUCACUAAAAUAUAUAAAUACAUAGGCGUCGGCGAGCUUCUGGAAAUUUUGGGAUCAAUUAUCAAUGGUUUCGCACUCCCGCUCAAGGACGAACAUAAGGACUUCCUCGUCCGUGCCCUCAUUCCCCUCCAUAAAGUCAAGUCCCUCGCCUCAUUCCAUCAGCAGCUCAGCUACUGUACUUUUUUUGAGCUAAUGGUUACAACUUAAUAUUAUAUAAAAGAACUAAUUGUAUAUAGUCUUCUCGGCUCCGCAUGUUCUGAGUUCUAGGCUCUGAUACAUAGAUGUUACUCUUCUGAAAAGAUAUUCACGCCUUUGGUCUUCCACGGUCCAUCUCAAUAUAACUAAUUGUAGUUUGCCUAGCUACAGCUUAGCUGUAGUAUUGGAUGGCCUCACGAGUAGGCAUUAAGAGCUACAUAAACGGCGCCAGGACAUGACAUGACCGCUGUAGUGUACUCCUAGAUCUGAGCAGCACGAGCAGACUUGCUUGCAUCUUGUGAUUUGCAUGAUAAAUUUAGCAUCUGGGAGGUCUUACACGAAGCACACUCCGAAACAACAGGCAUGACCCAAUUCGUCGAAAAGGAUCCAAAGCUUGCGAUAGACAUCAUAAUGAGCAUGCUCAAAUUUUGGCCGGUCAGUCUGACGAGCAAACAAAUCCUCUACCUCAACGAGCUAGAGGAGAUCCUAGAGUUGGUCCAGCCUCCAGAAUUCAUCGCCAUCCAGAAGCAACUAUUCAAAAGAGUGGCGUUGUGUAUUCAUUUGAUUUAUUCUGGUUCUUCCCUGUCUGUCACUUGAAAAAAAAGCAUCAUCCAGUAUCCUGACUUAUUUUUGCGACUAUGAUAGCAGAAACAUCAAGUCACCUUCUUCUAGCUAAGUACGUAGGAAGCGAACACUCAAUUUCUGCCACCAUAGGUAUCGACUGCCCACAUUUCCAAGUCGCGGAGAGGAGUCUCUUUUUAUGGAACAACGACUAUAUCGUGAAACUCAUCAACCAGAACAGAAAAGAACUCUUCCCCAUAGUUCUCGGAGCCCUCUACAACACGAGCAAGCACCAUUGGAACUCAGCGGUAAUUAUUAUGCUAUUCUUUUUGAGAACUCAUACUCGUAGGCCGGUGAAGGAGUGGUCGGAGCUUUGUGAUUGUAUCACGGUUGAUACCUACGGACCCGUUUGAUCUACCGCCUACAUCACACUAGCAGCUACAGCCUAAAAGCUUGUCAUCAGUCAUCUACUUACAACUUCAACGUGUCACCAGUCAUCUACUUACAACUUCCUCCUAAAAUAAAAACUGCCAGGUCCACGGCCUAACCUUCAACGUGUUGAAGCUACUGAUGGAAGCUGAUCCGCCGUUGUUUGACGAGUGUAGUGCGAAUAACAGGGCGCAGAUGGAGGAGGAAGCGCAGAAGCUGGAAAGACGAAAAGCGACUUGGGCUGAGUUGGAGAGACUAUACUUAUGACAGAAACAUGAUGGAAACGUAAUUUAUUGUAAUCAGCUAUUCCUAUUUCUCGAGAACCUCUAUGUAGUGUGGCUACUUACAUAGUCAAGCUAGGACUAGAACACGGAGCAAGCACAGGAGAUGAGAUGAGCAUCAAUGAAGGUUUUCCAAUUCAUUCAAGUGGACGAAGCCAGGGUCAAUACUAGGGAAGCUACAAAGUUACAAAGACAAGUAUUUUUACCUUCAAAGUAGAGUCUCUAAUUCCUGCGGCCCGAGACACAAAAGCGAUACAGGAUGGUGCCGGAGGAGGUUCUUCUAGUGGAACCGUAGCCGGUGCAACUGCCGCUGCUUCAAGUGGGGCCGCAAGUACGGCGGCACCUGCAAGUACGGCAGCGUAGGUUAGACGCUAAGUCUGUGUCUUCCUUGAUGUCAGGAAAGACAAAGAUACAAAUUAAUUUCGUACAGUUUUUCAGCUCUCCUGGGGAAAGAAACGACAUUUUUACUUGAUGUAAGCAGAAUGAUAGCAGCAGCGACCCCCGCUAAUGUAACAUCCAGUCUUUUCCCAUAUUAAAGCUGCUAUAUUCUCAUCAAGUCAGAUCCCCAAAAAAUUGACCAGUUUAGCUUUUUAGUCAUUUCUUAUUAUUUGUAGUUGAUAGUUUUAGUUACAGCUAGUAUUAUUUACGACCUAGUGUGUCUUUGGCGUUUGUUUCAUGAUACUCAUACUUAUUUAUUCAGUUUGUGUUUAGGGACUCAAUAUUUUCUUCUUCUUCGUAGUGUUAUUAUACUCGUUAUUAGUUCAUGGGGUAGAUCGUCAUGUUGAAUUUGAAGACUAUAUAGCUCCAGUUCUGCUCUCUCCCGUUCUUACAAAAGGUCUUCAAAAAUGCGCUUCUGCUUUUUCGUAACUUCACGUAAAAAUAUGUAAAAAAACAAAGUGCUCGACGCUGCAAGAAGAGAGACUGCUUGAUGAGGUUGCUACUGCUGCUCGACGGAAGAUAUUGCUUUUCUUUAAUAUAAUAAUAUCCUAGUAUCAUCUUGGCGCGAAGGUGAUUUCUGGUAAGUAUCUAUGGAAAGCUUCAUAGUCAUUAUGACGUAUGUUACAUACGUCAUAUUGUUGCUCAGAAGUCUACGUAUAAAUUCUUGAGUACCUAUUAUUUGAGUGUCAUAUGUCCCUGUUUCAAGAAUGCACUCUCUUCUUAUUAUCGCUAUCAAGGAAGACAGACUCACAUCGGAAGUAGCUAAAGAAUGAUCCUGACUGGGUUUAGGCCGAGCUCCUAUUAGCUCCUACUGCGACGUCUAAGAUCCACACUAGUCUAAGAAGUUAUGAUCUCUUUUUUCUAGUAUACCAAUCGCACAAAUUAUAAAGAGGACAAUAUGGGAGCCUGCUCUUUUUUAGCCCAUGUCUUCUGGUGCUUGGUUGUAGAAAAAAGUCGUCAUUAGCUAUAUCGUCUUAGCAACUAUCACAAAGGCGAUGAUUUGUCGAUCUUAUCAACAUCUCAUGUAUUAAUUCUUCUAUCACAACGCGAAAUGAUCAAUACGCUGUAUUGAUUCGACUGUCUCGCUUCGAGAUUGAGUCACAUAAUAUCUCAACAACAAUUUUUGCCUAAUUCAUGCGAAUGCGUAUUCAAAAACAAAACAAAACCUCUGUAGAACCUCUUCUCUCCAAAAAUGUCGGAUUUAAAAUGUCCGUAAAUGUUUGCGAGCACCGCUCAAGUAUAGUCAUUGUGCGCCCUGAGUCUCUCACCAGUCACACACCGAUUUGACAAGACAAGAUCCUCAAUAUGAUACUGGGACUUCUUGUGUCUGCUG